AUGGUUGUUAUCGCCAUUGCCGGUGGUGCAGGUGGUUUAGGUCGCACUAUUGCGGAAGUUGUUAUCCGCCAACGCAAGCACCAAGUAAAGAUUCUCAGCAGAUCGUCAAAUCCUAAGCUUGCAGCCGAGAUUGGCUGCGAAAUAAUUCCUGUGGACUAUGACAACAUCGAGAGUAUGACGAAGAUCUUGGAGGAUAACAAGAUCGACACGGUGAUAUCCACCAUAUUUCUCACGACUUCAGCCACGCCUCAGAACAACCUUGCUCUCGCUGCGGACGCCUCAAAGGUGACAAGGCGCUUCGUUCCAAGCAUUUGGGGCGUUCCGAUAACCCCAGAGCAAGCUACUGGUUUUGUGAUCGGCCAGGUCAAGCUUGAAGGACUGGAGGUCCUGAAGAAAACGUCUCUUGAGCACACACGUUUUUACAUGGGCUUCUUCUUGGAUUACUGGGGUUAUCCUCGCGUACCCACGUAUCAGACUCCUAUGAUCAUGGCUAUCGAUAUUGAAAACGAGGGUAGCAGCUCUUCCAGGCUCGGGGAACACCCCGGUCUCUGGGACGAGCAGAGCUACAUCCUUGGUGAGAAGGUUACUUGGAGUGAAUUCGUGAAGAUUGCGGAAGAAGUAAAAGGCAAAAAGUUCAAAGUCACCCACGACUCACUCGAAUUCCUAAGCACAGGGAAGGUGACUGAGCUUCCCUGUCAUUCCGCCAUCUACCCUGUGAUGCCGAAAGAAGAUGCUCAGGGCCUCAUGUCACUCUUUGGCCGGUUUUUCCACGACGGCUUGUUCAACCUUAGCCCGGAGAAGACCCUCAAUCAGAUUUUCCCCGACAUCAAGGUUCUUACAGUGAGAGAUGUCUUAGAGAGAGGGUGGGGAGGAGUUGAGGAAACUGCUCUGUAGCAGAAUGUACCCAAAGUAUGAGGAGAUUUUAAGGUCAGCGUUGAUAGGAAGGCUUGUUAGCUGCACAUGUCGCAAAUCCC